CCACCAGCCCUACUUGGGAUGGGGGUGGGACCGAGAGCAGGGCCUCCUCCUCCUCUGCUGACCGCACUUCCCAGGCUGGUUUGUAAGAGGAGAUGCGAUCGGUCAAGUAGCCUCGACCCAAACCGUUUCGGGCUUUAAAGGUAGUGACCAGCACUGUGUAUGUAGCCCGGAAGCAGAGCGGCUGUCAGUAGAGCUGCCAUCCAUGGAAGUGCAUCUGCCCCUGAAGGGGCUCCUGUCAGUCACUCUGAACCAGCUGAAUCUUCCGAACUGUCUCCAAAGGCAGCCCCAGGCAGAGAGCGUGGCAGUAGUCCAAGCGGGGUGCGACUGAGGCUGGACUGCCAUGGCCGGAUCUGGCGUCUCAAGGGAUGGGCGCAGCUGGCGCAGAAGUCUCAAUGAUGGGAGCUGUAGUCCCCAUCCCUGGUGCCAGGCCCUUCUGCAGGGAUUGUGGUGGGAGUUGUAGUCCAAGGGAGGCCUUCCCUCCACUCUCCCAGGCCCACUCCUUCCCAUUUCUCACUUCCACUCCCAGAGGCCUCUGCUGCCUUGAGCCAAGGGCCAAGGGGGUUCUGGGGGAUGGAGUCCCAGGAGAUGGGAGGGAGGGAAGGAAGCCAGCCCAAGAGGCCUCUUCUCCGUCCGCCUGCCUGCCUGCCUGCCUGGCUCCCCCUUUGCAGCCUGUUCUUUGAAGGCUAAGCCCCGCCCCUCUAUGGGCGCCUCCUCGUGGCCGCCAUGUCCAGUCCGGGCGGAAGUCGAGCGAGAGGGAGGCCUCCGCUUCCCAGAGAGGCGGGAGGGGAGGAGAGCGCGACGCCCUUCCCUCUGAGCUCACUUCCGGAGGGAGGAGCGGGGCCUUGUCCUGGGCGCCCUCCCUUCCAGGCCUGGGCCUCGCGUGGGCCUCCUUUCCCGCCCUGCCUGCCUGCCUGCCUUCAUCCGGGUGUUUGGGCCUGGCCUCCCUCAGGGCCUCCCUCCUCGGAGCGGACUCCUCUCCUCCCUCCCUCCGGUGAGUGUAGCCAGGCCUGUGAAAGAAAGAAAGAACGCUUUCGGCAACUUCUGGACAAGUUCUGCAAAGAACACCUUGUGAGAGCUUUGCCUGAGAAGUGCUCUAAGUCUAAAGUGACUUCAAAAUACACAGCAAUGACAACAAGAACAAAUAAGUAGUAGAAAAAUAUAUUUCAAGCUGCAUACCUGUUCAAUUAAGGGGAGGAAAUAAGAUUGUGCUGAAAAAGACAGGCUUGGAAAAGCAAGAAGAAGGCUACAACAAAACAAAGUCUGUGCUGUUCAGGAGGUUAUAUCUGUGAACACCUGACAUAAUAUUUGAAUUAUAAAUAUAAAAGAAUGGCAAGUCCUCUACCUCCCUAUCCUAGAUCACAAACACGGGAGAAGUUACAUCAGUGUGUGGAAUGUGGAAAACAAUUUGAUAGGAAAGGUUAUCUUACUAGACAUGAACGGACCCACACAGGGGAGAAGCCUUAUAAAUGCAUGGAAUGUGGAGGAAGCUUCAGUCAGAGUGGCAGUCUACGUUCCCAUCAAAGGACCCACACAGGGGAGAAGCCCUAUAAAUGCAUGGAAUGUGGAGGAAGCUUCAGUCGGAGUGGACAUCUACAUUCCCAUCAAAGGACCCACACAGGGGAGAAGCCAUAUAAAUGCAUGGAAUGUGGAGGAAGCUUCAGUCAGAGUGGCAGUCUACGUUCCCAUCAAAGGAAGCACACAGGGGAGAAGCCAUAUCAAUGCAAAGAAUGCGGAGAAAGCUUCAGUCACAGUGCAGGUCUGCGUAACCAUCAAAAGACCCACACAGGGGAGAAGCCACACAAAUGCAUGGAAUGUGGAAAGAGCUUCAGUCAGAGUGGCAGUCUACAUUCUCAUCAAAGGACCCACACAGGGGAGAAGCCAUAUAAAUGCAUGGAAUGUGGAAAGAGCUUCAGUCAGAGUAGCAGUCUGCGUUCCCAUCAAAAGACCCACACAGGGGAGAAGCCAUAUAAAUGCAUAGAAUGUGGAAGAAGCUUCAGUCGCAGUGACACUCUACGUUUCCAUCAAAGGAAGCACACAGGGGAGACGCCAUAUAAAUGCAUGGAAUGUGGAAAGAGCUUCUGUCGGAGUGCAAGACUGCAUAACCAUCAAAAGACCCACACAGGGGAGAAGCCACACAAAUGCAUGGAAUGUGGAAAGAGCUUCCGUUGGAGUGGCAGUCUACGUUCCCAUCAAAGGAAGCACACAGGGGAGAAGCCAUAUAAAUGCAUAGAAUGUGGAGAAAGCUUCCGUUGGAGUGGCAGCCUACGUUCCCAUCAAAGGAAGCACACAGGGGAGCAGCCACACAAAUGCAUGGAAUGUGGAAAGAGCUUCAGUCGGAGUGGCAGUCUACGUUCCCAUCAAAGGACCCUCAUGGGGGAGAAGCCACAUAAAUGCACGGAAUGUGGAAAGAGCUUUAGGGAACAUUAGACAUCACAGAACUUAUGCGCCAAUAGAGGAGAUCUGUCUUUGAAUUUCUGAGCUCUCUUUAAAAGAACAUUGGAAGGAAAGAGGAAAGCCGCCACCUUGCUCUCUCUCUCUCUCUCUCUCCCAUGAACCACAGUUUGACUGCUACUCAGAGGUCUCACUCAGAGGGGGCUUUUUUCAGAAUUGCAGUAAGCUUUGUAGGCGUUCACCUAACCUCCUCCACAAGGAAACCCAUUGCAGGCUUCUAGAAUGAUCUGUGAAAGUUUGCUGAAAUGAGCAGCUUCUAAGAUCUCUGGAUAAAAGGGUUCUGAAAAAGAAUAGCUCUUUGGAAGCAGAUAACGUCAUAUCUUCAUACUCUUGUUUCAUGUCUUGACUCUACUGCCCCUCGGUUAACAUUUUGGGCUCUAGCCCUGUCCCUGUAACCCUUUUCUGGACUUUGUUGCAUCCUGAAUCUUUGAUGCUAAAUUCUGGACUGACUUCCUGGUUUCGUUUAUGACUUUGGACUUUGUUUGUAUCCUUGACUUUCUGGCUUGACUUUCGGGACUCUGAAUUCGGUUUGUACUCUUUAUUUCUUGGUUGUUAUUUGAUCAACUCUGCUGAAUGAACUCCUGGCAUGUGACCAUUGGACUGUAACCUUGGCCAUUGUUUCUUCUUGCUCCUGACCUGGAUCUGCUGUAGUUGACUUGUUGUGAUGUCCCAUGGACCCUUGGGCCGUGAACCUGACUCCAUUGUGGACCACAGUGAUGAGGAAACAAGUUUUGUGCCGAUUCAGCAAGACUCUGCCCCGUUCCAGAUGUUCCCUAUUGACAAUUCUAGUUCAACGCUCAUUAAAAAGGCCCUUGAAACGGAGUCUUCUCUUCCCAGUUCCCCUCCCUUUGAUAGAAGGAUGUUUGUGGAAACUAACAGGCAGGAGAAAGCUGGCAGGAGACGAAGCGUGCGAUUAGCAGCAAGGGAAUCUGCUGAUUAACCUAUUUCCCCCUGAGAAUUCUAAGGGAGGAUUGCAUCUGGUCAAGAUGUUGUUCUAGCUCUUUUCCCAAGGGAAAAGAGCAUUUGAGACACCUGUUCUGAGGGAAGAUUCAAAGUUCUUUAAAAGUUCUGUGCGCUGGCUAGCCAGCGCGGAGUCAACGUGACAGUUGAAGGGAUAACUUCGUUCCCAGCCAAGUGUGGACUGCGUCGGAGUCCACUACCUUUCAGCCUAGCCGUGCCUUGUCCAGCCGUGUUCCUUGCCUUGCCUUGCCGUGAUUCCAGCCUUGCCUUGUCACGUCGUGUAUACAGCCUUGUCUACAAUUCCUUGCCUCGGACUUGUUUUGAACUCUAGUGAAGACCUGGACUUCUCCCCACUCAAACUAUUUGGAAGUUUGAGUGUGUUUCGGUUUCUUGGAUUACAAACUUUGAACUUUAAUAUCAGACAUUGGACACUAUGUUAUUGGACUAUAUUCAACCUUUCCCAAAAGGUCUAUUGCUGAACUAUAUCUUCUGCUUCUUUUUGUUUCAUCUCUUCAUUUCCUUAAUAAAGAUAUUAGAUUGUU